AUGGAAUUCCUUUCGCGUAAAGUGAAGUCAAACGGUCAAAUUGACACACGUCAAAUGAAUGGCGCGACUGUAGGCCUCCGAAAUAAACGGUUUGACGCGAUCUGUAAAAGGUGUCUACUUGAAGCCAAGAAGAAUUUGCAAAUGACGUGCCCUUGUGAUAGGGAAGGGCAGUGUGUACUCGAGAGUAGUCUGUUUAGGAAUAGGAGUGAAUCGGCGAUGAGUCCAGCGCCCCCCGCGCCGCGUGACAAAACUCGCGUACCAUUCAUUGCUGGCAAACAGUCGCUUGCUGCCAGUGAUUGGACGUGUACGUACGAAAUGGAUCGCGAUCGCAUUGGUGUUUGGGGCUCCGGGGACGGGCAAUCCAAUAGCCGGUUAUCCGGGCUCGACCGUCUGAAGCAUCCGGGACUAAACAAGGGAAUGGCGUUCAGCAUCGAAGAACGUCAAGUUAUGGGAAUCCAUGGUCUUUUACCACCCAGGGUCAAGUCACAAGAGGAGCAAGUUCAUCUGUGCAAGCUUUCAAUCGAAAGAUAUGAAGAUCCCCUUAACAAGUACAUCUAUCUUAUGGGAUUAUUGGACCGCAACGAACAUCUAUUUUAUCGUUUCGUGGGUGAGAAUGUAGCAGAUAUGAUGCCGAUCGUCUACACACCAACAGUAGGUCUUGCCUGCCAGAAAUAUGGACUUGUGUAUCGCCGUCCCAGAGGGCUUUUCAUCACAAUUCACGAUAAGGGUCACGUUUACGAUAUACUUAAGAACUGGCCGGAAACGGAUGUCCGAGCAAUCGUAGUAACUGAUGGUGAACGUAUUCUUGGAUUGGGAGAUCUCGGUGCAUGUGGUAUGGGCAUUCCUGUGGGAAAGCUAGCUUUGUACACAGCUUUAGCUGGUAUCAAGCCGCAUCAAUGUUUGCCAAUUACCCUUGAUGUCGGCACAAAUACACAAACAAUGCUGGACGAUCCCCUAUACAUCGGUCUGAAACAGCGUCGCGUUCGUGGAGCGCCCUAUGAUGAGUUUAUAGAUGAGUUCAUGAAGGCUGUUGUGCGCCGAUUUGGACAAAACUGCCUCAUACAGUUUGAGGACUUUGGUAAUGCAAAUGCCUUCCGCCUACUCGAAAAGUAUCGUGGCAAAUACUGCACAUUCAACGAUGACAUCCAAGGAACAGCGGCGGUGGCCGUGGCAGGUCUUCUGGCCAGCUUGAGAGUGACGGGCAAGAAACUGUCGGAAAAUGUCAUUGUUUUCCAAGGAGCUGGAGAGGCAUCCUUAGGUAUUGCAGGGCUAUGUGUGAUGGCGAUGAUGGCCGAAGGUACAGAAGAAGCCGUGGCUCGCAGUCGUAUCUGGAUGGUGGACUCCAAGGGUCUGAUCGUGAAGGAUAGGCCUGAAGGUGGUCUUAAUGAGCACAAGGCGAAGUUUGCCAAGGAUCACCCACCUGUCCGUACCUUAGCUGAAGUUGUCAGUUUGGCUAAGCCAUCCGUGCUUAUUGGUGCUGCUGCAAUUGGUGGUGCGUUCACACCAGAGAUCCUUCGGUGUAUGGGGGAAAAUAAUGAGAAACCGGUCAUCUUUGCCUUGUCCAAUCCUACCAGUAAGGCUGAGUGCACUGCGGAAGCCGCCUACUCCAAUACUGACGACCGUGCAAUAUUUGCGUCCGGCUCUCCAUUCCCGGAAUACCGCGCUAAAGACGGACGUAUACUGCGUCCGGGACAAGGAAACAACUCAUACAUCUUCCCAGGACUGGCACUUGGCAUUAUUUGCGCGGGAAUAGUUGAUAUUUCUGAGGACUUCAUGCUGCUCGCUGCGGAGGCUCUCGCUGAAAUAGUCUCAGAUGAUGAUCUGAGCCAAGGCAGUCUGUACCCACCUCUAAAGGACAUUCAGAACUGUUCAGUCAAGAUUGCAAAGAAGAUUGUGGAGCACGCGUACAAAACUGGUAAAGCCUCGGUGCAACCCCAGCCUGACGACACGGAAGCCUUCAUCCGAGGUCAAAUGUAUGACGUUCGAUACUCGCCCGCGGUACCCCCUGUAUAUGGCUGGCCUAACGACGAACCACAUGUGCAACAAAUGUAA